AUGAACGAGCAAACCACCAACCUGGGUAACAUACAGCCCACCACCAGCAUCAAGUAUCGUCACAGCGACCUCAUCUUCUACGAGCCCAACGCAAGAGCCGACUCCAACUUCUCCGACUGUCCUUACCAGCUCUUCGUCAGCCUGGUCAAACAGUACUUCCACUACCUCCUCGACCCUCAUCUCUAUGUCCAAUGCCUGACCGAUACGCUCAAGAACCGCUGCGACGACGACAAAACUGGCGGUAAUACCUGCAAAACCAAGAAGGACAAAUUUGACAACAUAGAGUACCCUGACAAAGAUGGUUUCGUGGAAAAGAAAACGAACUUCGUUGAAGUCAAUGUUGAGAGUGACUACAUCCCCGGUAAAGACGAAGGAGGGGUCAAGUACAACGGAAAGUCGCUACAGAAGGCCUUCAUCGCUCAGAUCGCAGAUACCUUCCAGAAGAGUGGCGAGGAUGAGAAGAAUUGUUACAAGUUUGACCAGGAGUCUACGAUCUGCCCCGGCUGCAACCCAAAAUUUUGCCUUUCCUUCAAUGCGAGGAAGAAGAUACUGAGAUGGUGUAACGCGCCCGAGUAUGUUCGAGUGAGUGUCAAGGACGGAGAAGGGAAAGAAGUCGCACAUAUGAAGGUCGUGGUCAAGUUCACGGGUAUAACAGACCAGGGGAAAUUUGAUUGCAUGGCUAUUCGAGAGACUGUCGAGAGAAGCGCUCGAGAUAACCGGUUGAAGGACGUGAAGGACGCGAUUGAUGGAAAGGAAGUCGUGGCGAACGCGCAACUGAACAAGCCGUGGCGCAACGCUGAAAAAGGUCGAAAGGGCAAAGGCAAAAGAGGCAGGAUGGGGCAGGACGAGUCACGGGUUGUAGACCCAAAUGCGCCACCUCAGACCUUAUCGGCGCGUACUCUGGAGGCUCUUGCGCAAUACAUCAAGGAUGGGCGCGCGAAGAAGAUUGUCGUCAUGACAGGUGCGGGCAUAAGUACUUCCGCAGGCAUACCAGACUUCAGAUCACCAGAAACCGGUCUAUACGCCAAUCUCGCUCGCCUGAAUCUGCCGUACCCCGAAGCCGUCUUCGACAUCGAUUUCUUCCGCAAGACGCCCGAGCCGUUCUACUCUCUCGCCCAAGAACUAUACCCCGGGAAGUUCAGGCCGACGAUUACACAUUCCUUCAUAAGCUUGCUCUACCAGAAAGGGCUGCUUCUGAAGCUGUUCACACAGAACAUUGACUGCCUGGAGCGCGAGGCUGGAGUCCCCGGCGAUAAGAUAAUAGAGGCUCAUGGCAGUUUUGCGACGCAAUGCUGCAUCGACUGCAAGAAGUCGUACCCAAAGGAGCGCAUGAACGAAGCCAUCCAGAACAAAUCGGUGCCGCGCUGCGUCGACUCAUUAUGUGACGGACUCGUCAAGCCCGAAAUCGUCUUCUUCGGAGAACAGUUGCCAUCCGCAUUCUUCGACAAUCGAGGCCUCCCAGCACAAGCCGACCUUUGCAUAGUCAUGGGCACGUCGCUCAGCGUAGCCCCGUUCUCUUCGCUACCGCAACUGUGCGAAGACGAGACCCCGCGUCUACUCAUAAACUCAGAGAGGGUCGGCGAUAUGGGAACACGACCAGACGAUGUUCUGCUGCUGGAGGAUUGCGAUAGUGGUGUGAGAAAGUUGGCAGAGGCAUGCGGGUGGACGGACGAGCUGGAAGCGCUCUGGGCAACAACCGCGCCUUUGGAGGAAGCCGUAGCACCCAAGCAAGAAGUCAAGAAGAGCCACGACGAGUUGCUGGAGGACGAGGUCGACAAGCUCACGCGCGACGUGGAAGAGAGUUUGAGAUUGAACCAAGAGGAACACAAGUGGCUCGAGAAUCAUGUCGAUAACAAACUGGCAAGGAAACAGGACGAUGAUCAGGGCAGAGAUCAGCCUGCGACGGAAUUGCAACCAACAGUCGAUGCGGCGUCAAGGGCGAGUCCUAGCGAGACGAAAACGGACCCCGGUGGUGGGCUAGAACAUGUGUUUCCGCACAUGAACAAGCCUUCGCUAUAG